AUGACAAAAGGACAGCCCGAGGUUGGUAACAAGCGGUUUGCCGACUUUGACUUGGGGGGAAAGACAUUCAUCGUCACGGGCGGUGCUCGCGGUCUAGGCCUAGCACUACAUACCGCGCAGAGCACCCCGACGAGGAGUGGGAGGCGGCACAGAGCCGAGUUGUUCCUGAAUGGGGCGGCAAGCUUCAAUGUUGUCUACCAGCAACAGGACGUGCUCGACACCAAGCACUUGCGGCAGACAAUUGAGUCCAUCGCCGACGAACACGAGGGCCUCCACGGGGUCACUGCAGCGGCAGGAAUCCUGCAAAUCACACCCGCCAUCGACUAUACGUCCGAAGACGCGGCCAAGAUGCUCGCCACCAACUUCACUGCGGUGCUAGAGACGGCCUCGGCGGCAGCAGAGAUGAUAUUCAAGUAUAGGUGCCGCGGGAGCAUUUGCCUCAUCGCGAGCAUGAUGUCCGGCCUCAUCGCCAACAAGGGCAUGCUAUCACCCGUAUAUAACUCCUCCAAGGCGGCCCUCAUCCAACUGACGCGUAAUCUCGCCAUGGAGUGGAGCCACGAGCGGGAUGACGGGAGCCCAGGGAUCCGCGUCAACUCCAUCAGUCUGGGCCACAUCCGCACGCCCAUGGUGGAGCAGACGUUUGCGGAGGAGCCGGAGCUGGAGGAUCUUUGGAAGAGGGAGAACAUGAUGGGCUGGCUGGCCAAGACCGAGGAGUUCAAAGGCGCGGCUCUGUUUCUGCUGAGCAAUGCCAGUAGCUUUAUGACGGGCAGCAAUCUCGUCAUGGACGGGGGCCCACGGCGUGGUGAGAGAGUUUUGUUUCGUCUGUGUGGUGAGAUGAUGGAUGCUCAGAUCAUCCGGGCCCGACUUGUGUUUGAUGAUAGCAUUGGCAGUGUGUCUUGA